GGGGGGGUAGCUGCCUAGCGCUCCUGCCUGCUGUGCUUCCCCUCCGCUCCGCAGGCAACCCGAAAGCCUUUUGCCUCGAUGGUGGCGCCAGAGCAGGGUGUUGCCAGUGAUGCCGGCGAGGGGCUGGCUCACCUCGCUGCGAGCUGCCACUUUGAAUGGGCCCUCACGACACGCGAGCACUGGAUUGCAUCAGGCUCGGCCUGCUCAGACACGGGUGCCAGCCUGCGUGCUGGAGACGAGGGUGCUGGCCCCCGCCUCUCUCCUGGCUGCCGAACGGCUCUCUCAAGACCGGCGUUUCCCAUGACUUAGGGCUGCCUGUUGCUCCCAGAACUGAGGAGGCUGUAGCGGAGCACACGCAGGCACUACUCCAUCACCACGCGAGUCCCUCUCCACGCUCUCGGCGGCGGCGGCGGCGGCGAACAGAACUGAGUUCACCUGAAGGGGGUAUCACCGGAGCCAGCCGAGCCCUACCGAGACUGCUGGACUUUUGGCCAUCUGAGCUUCACCAAGGAGAGGGCAAGAUGUUGGGGGAAAAAAUGACCAGUUUUGGGAAGAAGCUGAUCCGCCGGCGCAUGGUGGACCUGAGCUCCAAUGACACACAUUUUGCUCGCUGCCUCACCACAUUGGACCUUGUAUCCCUUGGUGUGGGCAGCACGCUAGGGGCUGGUGUGUAUGUGCUGGCCGGGGAGGUAGCCAAGGAGAUGGCUGGUCCCUCAAUCAUCCUCUGCUUCCUGGUGGCUGCUUUCUCAUCGGUACUGGCUGGACUCUGCUAUGCAGAGUUUGGGGCCCGUGUCCCCAAGGCCGGCUCUGCCUACCUCUACAGCUACGUUACUGUUGGUGAGAUCUGGGCUUUUAUAGCCGGCUGGAACCUCAUUCUCUCCUAUGUCAUAGGUACGGCCAGUGUGGCUCGAGCCUGGAGUGCAGCAUUUGACAACAUCAUCGGCAACCACAUCUCCACCUUCUUCGCCAACAAGACCACAAUGCACCUGCCAGGAGUGCUGGCUGAGCGUCCAGACUUCUUUGCUGUAAUCCUGAUUUUGCUGCUUACUUUACUGCUGGCCUUUGGUGUCAGCGAAUCUGCCCUCGUGAACAAAAUCUUCACGGCGGUGAACCUGUUGGUGCUGAGCUUUGUCAUCAUUGCUGGCUUCAUCAAGGGAGACAUCAAGAACUGGCAGCUUUCAGAGAACUGUGUCAACUGCUCGCAGUCAGACUCACCAGAUGACAUGAAAAAAGCUUUUGGCUCUGGUGGGUUUUUCCCCUUUGGACUGGAAGGGACCCUGACUGGUGCUGCCACCUGUUUCUAUGCCUUCGUGGGCUUUGACUGCAUUGCCACCACAGGGGAGGAAGCCAGGAACCCACAGCGCUCGAUCCCCAUUGGCAUCAUUGCGUCCCUCUUCAUCUGCUUUGUGUUUUAUUGCGGGGUCUCUGCAUCCCUGACUCUCAUGGUGCCCUACUUCCUCCUGGACAAGAACAGCCCUCUGCCUGAGGCCUUCAAGGCGGUAGGCUGGGAGCCUGCCCGCUACGCCGUUGCUGUUGGGUCACUCUGUGCCCUCUCCACCAGCUUGCUGGGCUCCAUGUUUCCCAUGCCCCGAGUGAUCCAUGCCAUGGCAGAGGACGGGCUGCUCUUCAGGUUCCUCUCCCAGAUCCACGGUCGCACAAAGACCCCUCUGAUAGCCACCAUCAUCUCAGGGUUCUUUGCAGCGGUGUUGGCCUUCCUGCUUGACCUGAAGGACCUGGUGGACCUCAUGUCGAUCGGCACACUGCUGGCCUACUCCCUGGUGGCGGUGUGCGUGCUCAUCCUCCGGUACCAGCCCAGACAGCCGAACUCCCCGCAGGCCAUGGAAAUGCUGGAGCUGAAUGGGAACGAGGAGGAGAGAGUGAUCAUGAACCCGACCAUCACUGCUGCCAGUGCCCAGCACAAAGAGACGUUUUCCCUGGCGAUGCUGUUCAACCCACCUGGGGACACCCCCACUGUGCUCUCAGGGCGCAUUGUUUAUUUCUGUGUGGCAGUCAUUGCCGCACUGAUCACAGUCAUCUGCGUGGUCCUGACCCUCAGUACGGCCGCGCUGAAGGAUGCCAACGUGGGCUGUGUUGUGGCUCUGGUGCUGCUCCUCGUGGCUCUGCUCAUUCUCACCGUCAUCAUUUGGAGGCAGCCGCAGAGCAACGCCCGGUUAAACUUCAAAGUACCUUUCCUACCACUCCUGCCAAUCUUCAGCAUCUUUAUUAACAUCCUGCUGAUGGUACAGCUGAGUUCCGGCACCUGGGCGCGGUUUGCCGUCUGUACGGUUGGGGGUUUUGUUAUUUACUUCACCUACGGGAUUUGGAACAGUGUGGAAGGGAAAAACGCAGAAGGAGCCUGUGCCGCAGUAGAAAAGCCUCUGCAGCAGCCUGGACUGGACCUCAGCCCUGGGGCUGCUGCAGUCUGAGGGGCUGAGCACCAGCACUCCAUGGACGUCUUUGCCACUUCUGUUCAAGAUCAUGAUCCACAGAGUACAUGCAUCCCCUCUCCUGUAGAGACUGAGUCCCACAGUGAAGUACUAAGGCCUGAACAACAGGCCCUGAGCCAAAGCUGACCUAGGAUGAACAUUGCGACCAAAUGUAUGUUUCUACUCGUUAACGAGGUAUUGUUAUAUAUGUCUAUUUAUUGGCAAAAUGUGUUCACCUUUCCGUAUCUAGAAACAGGAUAAGGCCACAUCUGGCCUAAUUAGGGGAGUGUAGGAUCAAGGACAACUCCCUUGGAUCUUCCUUGAGCCCUGGCCAGGCUUUGGGAGAAGUCUAGCAGGAAAAUGAAAUUAGAAAUUAUGUCAGCUUGUUUGUUGAGCAGUGUAAAAACUGGGCCCCUGUCAGAGCAAAGUGGGGGAGCCUCGUGGCUGCAAAGGGGGAGGCACUGCAGGAGUUCCCAGUUCCGGGCAUGGUUCUCCAGUCCUUGGCUGGGACAGCUUCCCCCCACAGCUGAUGCCUCUCGCACUUGGAUGAUUUAUUUUAUUGGGGUAAGUGGUGAUGUAUCUUUCUUAAUCACUGUGGGCAUUCUCUCCUAGUAAUGAUUAGCAUUGCUCAGCUUAUCUCUUUGUAACUCUUUGCUAAUGGUUAGGUGCAUUGCUUAGCUUAUCCUUUCGUGAUUCUUUGCAGUUUUACAUCAUAGUAAAUGCCACUGUUCCGUAAGUUGGUGUCUGUGUCUCUGACCCUAGCCACCAGCAAAACAAAAUUGGCAUUAUCAGCUGGGUCAGAACAAACUGUUGCUUUUUAAAUCUAAAUGUAAGAAAUCAGUCCUGUCCAAAAUUCCCAGAUGGGAAGGCCUUCCUUAUAGUUCACUGGCCCUCAAGUGGGCUAAGGUUGGAGGACCAUGUGAGCAAUGGGGAAGUCAAUUAAAAGAAGCUGAACUGCUGGAUGUAUUGAAAUGCAUCCAAAAAUCACAUACUGAGAAAGGAAAAGAACUUGUGGGUUUGGAAAGGCCAGGAUGGAUUUUGUUAACAGUAUUUCAAACAAAACACCAACAAAAGGAGCAGUUGUUGAAAUGCACUAACAUGGUGACAGAUGUGUGAGUUGCAGAAUCAAAUUGUAAUGCUAAAGCGCCAAAAUAAGCCGCUUGCUGAUAAGUUGGACAGUUACCAGACUGUAGCCGUGAAGGCUGCAGUUAGAGUAGCUCAGUAUAAGGAAAGGAGGGGGGCAAGCAAAUCACAAGGAAAUGCAUGGAGUGAUUGCAGAGGCAGGUGGAUCCCAAUAAAUGGAAUGGAGAUAGUUGGGAUUCUGUGGAUUCUGAUGAGAUUGGUUCCCCAGAUGAAUUUGUAGAUGUGAGACCAGCAUGGAGACGAAAGGUGGAAUUAGAUGCUAAUGGUCAGCAGGUCAGGAGGGAUACUCAUAAAAGAUUAUACUCAGCAUGAAGUAAAUGAAAUAUUUGAACAGUUUAAGCAAAGAUAUGGGGAACCCCUCUUGGAUGGUGUGCUUGCAUGACCAGGGAGCAUCAGGGAUAACCCUAGACUCAGGGGGCUCUAAGCAGCUUUUAGUUUUGAGCUUGGAUUCUUUUGUGCAGGAUGCAUUUCGGAAUAAAAUUCACGAGAGUAAAUACCCUACAGAAAAGGAUUGGCCAGGAUCUGAAAGUCAGAGGUAAACUUUGCAAUAUUGUGUACAAUGAGGUGCAUGAGAACCUCUUGGGAUUUUUUUAUUUGUAGAUAACGUUACUGAAAAUGUAAGUAGUCACUCCAAUACUUGUGCCUGUAACUUUAUUACAAUAACAGGAUUUUAGUUAUUUAUUUUUAGUUUAUAUUUUUUAAAUGAAGUUUUUUAGUUUUUUACCUCCUGUUAUAUCCUGUCAAUUUUUGGAAUCUAACUCUACCCUGAUUCAAGACUUGCAGCCUACUCCCAUUGCUAUGAACUGGUAAAGGAGCUGUUACAGCACACGGACCUGAGGCACUUGCUGAAACAAGCACAAGAGAAUGGACAAAAGACUUUGAUUGUCCAUCAUGGCAUGGCAGAAAUACAUCGUGUGAUGGAGCAGGCGAAGAAAGGCAGAGGACACUGAUGGUGGGACAGUCUCUCUGGAUGGGUGCCUACAGCUACUGGAAUUCUCAACCAAGUGCUUCACUCUGUUGUCAUUUUAUUGAUGCUAAUCCUUUUGAUUUUUGUUCUAAUAAUUGCAUUGUAUGUUAAGGUGUGGGUGAUUAUGAAACAAUUAGCUUACCAACUACCUCCACUGAUAGUAGACAAUCCAUGUGGUGCCAAAGCAUGAAAUAUUCUCAAGCUCUGUUCGGAUAUUGUGAAGCUUGAGUGACUAUAGUCACAGGGUGUAUUAUGUGGGAAAAUGACUGGGAACUCUGUGGACAGGGAACUGGGGGGUACAGUUAGAGGAAACUGAGGAGUUAUAACAGUAUGGAAAUUAUAGGGUAUGUAUUACACUGUUCCUUAAGUUGGUGUCUGUGUCUCUGACCCUACCCACUGGCAAAACGGGACUACAGAGCUGGCUUCCCUUCCCCUCACACGGAAGUCCCCUGGCUGGCUGGGAGCACUGGUGGCCCAGGGUUGAUCUCUGCCCUCCUCCAGUCCUGCAGAGGUGCAGUGACACCAGCACAGCCCUCCCACCAUGAAAGUUGCUUUUCCUGUGCACAGGAGGCCCCAAGUGAUGGUGCAGCUGUACUCCUUCCAUCUGUCAUGUGGCUGUGUUCACCACCUCCUCCCUGCUUUCCAGGUGUCAGACAGGUACAUGGCAGCCAUGGCUGGAGCUCUGCAGGAGGGCUCAGUAUGACUUGUUCUGGUAUUCGUGGCACUGCCAGCAGACUGGUGCUGCCCUGACCAUGCUGUUUGGUGUAAACAUCUUGCUCAAGUGUCUCUGAGAUGUCCUCAGUGUUGCUAUACUUGUGUCCAACCUCAUCUGCCUUUCUAUAAUUUUAAAGCCAGUUUUUAAAUCUAUUAAAUUAAAGGGUUUUUUAAGUGCUUUUUUC